AACUGUUUGUGCGUCUGAUAGUGCACGCAUCUCAUCAUCUGGAACCGACGCCAACUUUCUUGUUUCUUGUUUGCAUUUAAUAAUAAAACCGAAAACAUGUCGCUUCCGCAGCAGCUACGAGACGAAAGCGACUUUGAUCAGCUGCCUGACAACAUCCCCGUCACGGCGAACAUCGGUGACAUUGAGGAGAAAAAAGGCUUCAUUUACUACUUUAGGUUUGUCAUUGAGGUGAAAACUAAAGGAGGAAGCAAGUAUCUGAUCUAUAGGAGAUACAGAGAAUUCUUCAACCUGCACCAGAUCCUGGAGGCUAAAUAUUCCCCUGAAAAUGGAGAGAAACCGGGUCCAAACACCUGCGUCCUGCCGUCCCUUCCAGGAAAGGUCUACAUCGGGAACAAACAGGAGAUUGCUGAGAGCAGAAUCCCUGAACUCAACAACUACAUGAAGAAGCUGCUGGGUUUGCCGACAUGGUUCGUGCUCGAUGAGGAUCUCAGGAUGUUUUUUUACCAAACGGAGCAGGACAGCCAGCACCAACCGCGAGCCCUCAGGCGACUUCGCCCACCGACCCGUAAAGUGAAGACGGUCAAACCAAAAAUGGACCUCUUCUCAUCCCCGAGGGCAGAGGCGAUGUUUGACUUUCGCGGCAGCGGCAAGGCGGAGCUGAACCUGAAGAGGGGAGAGGUGAUCUUCCUACUGCGACGAGUCAACGCCGACUGGCUGGAGGGAACGGUGAACAACCAGACGGGUAUAUUCCCAGAAUCCUUUGUGAAGAUCAUUAAGCCCCUCCCAGACAGUGACUCAGAAGGUGAGGGAGGGGGCCACACCUACAGCUGUCUGCGCUGCUUUAUGCUCACCCCCUCCGGAGUGGAUGCCAGGGAUGUGUGUGUUCAAGAGGAUCUGACUAUUCAACCAACGUACAAAGACCUGCUGUCAAGGAUGAGGAACGUUUUCCAAGUGGAUGACAUCGCCUUGAACUACCGUGACCCCGAGGGCGACCUCAUCCGUAUCCUUGACGAUGAGGAUAUUCAGCUGAUGAUCAAGGAGAGCAGGAGACAACAGGGCAAAGUCAAGAGACCUGUCAAUCAGUUUCCAUGGGAACUGCACGUAACCAUGACCUCUGACCUUUCAGUUUACAACACUGAGGCAUAAAAGGAAGUGAAGGUUUGACACAUUAUUUUAACAGAGGAACUCGUGGCAUGUGUUCAGUAAUGGAGCAUUUUAUCCACUGGUCCAUUCAUGUUAAAGAUGUCAUUUUUAUUUCAGUUCAAGGUCUAAGCAUUUUAUUUAAUUCCAUUUGUUCACAUUUUUACUUCACAUAGAGAAACAAAGUCAACUGAGGUAGUUUUGAACUAAAAGCUCUCAUCUUUGUCCUAACUUCUUAUAUUCUCUGCUUAUUUUUGCUGAGGUUUUUUUUUUUUUAAUUUGAUUUUAAUGCUUCUUUUAUUUGUGCUUUAUGUGAAUGUUUUAAUGGAAAACGCAUUUUUCCAGUAGGUUCCAAGUUAUUUCACCCAUUAGAAAAAUAAGACACAUUUUGUUGUAUGUGAUUUUAUAUUGGUUGUAUUUUACAUACAUUAGAGAUAGGACAUUUUCAAACCAUUUGUAUUGAAGAUGAAGCUGAUAGUGACUGAUAAUUAAUAUUAGGCUUAAUACUGACUUUUAUGGAAAACAACACCUAACUCAAAAGAUAAAAAACAUUCCUAAGUAGAUUUUUUUUUACAGUUAGUUUUUUUUUUUUUUUUUUUAGCUAGUCCUACAUUUAUUGAUUAAUUGCUUUCAG